AUGGCUGGACUUGUCGCUGGGGUUGAGGGGAGAUGGAACGCUGUGAAAAGAAAACAUUUUAGAGCGUGCGAGGCUAGGGAUUUGUUUCAGGUAUUCGGGUGUAUUGGGGAGAUCUCUGAAGUUGCAAUUUCUCCUAGGAGGAACAAAGUAGGGAAACGAUUUGGUUUUGCGAGAUUUGCUGAAGUUUCUGAUGUGCGCUUGCUGGCGGUGAAAGUUGAUAACGUUAUUUUCGAUGGUGUUAAAAUUCAUGCUAAUGUUCCUAGAUUUGCAAGAAUAUCAUUGUCCGCUCAUCGCAGGAUUGCGAAUAGGGAUGGUUUUCUGCCUAACAAUUUUGGUGGGCAGGGUCAGACAGUGCAGAAUCCUUGCAGGGCGUCGGAGUCGGGGCGGAGGGAUGCACGUUCCUUUGUGGAAGUGGUGGCUGAGAAGUCGAAGGAUGUUCUGACUGUGGAGAAACAGAAGCCUCCUUUGGUUUUCUUUUCAAAGGAUGUAGACAGAGAAAGGCUUUCAAACUCGUUGGUGGGUAUUCUUCGGAUUCCAGGGUCGGCUGAUGGAAUUCAAAGUCGGAUUGAGAGAGUAGGCUUUUUCGCGAUUAGGGUGAUUCCUUUAGGGGCAUCUAUGUGUUUGUUGGAAGAGACAGAGGUAGGCUCUCUGGCAGAAUUUUCGAAUGAGGGGGAAGAGUGGUGGCAGGACUGGUUUACGAAAAUCUCUGCGUGGAAGAAGGAUGUGGUUGAUACUUACAGAACUGUGUGGCUGCGUUUUUGGGGCAUUCCGGAAGUGGCUUGGAAUUCUGACUUCUUCAAUUUUCUGGCGAAUUUGUGGGGCUCGUUGAUAUGCGUUGAUGCAGGUACGGCGGAUCGCACGUCGAUGGCUAUGGCUAGAAUUAAGAUGAAAGUUGUUAUUGGAGUGUCUAUUCCGAAAGUCUUGGAGGUAUUGAUUGACGGCUGCAAAUUUUCUUUGGAGAUUCAGAUUGAAACUUCGCACAAAUGUUACUGCUCAGGUAAUCUUAAAUCCCUCUCUUGCUUAUCUAAAUCUUCAGACUCGGUUAGCUCUGGGGAUCUUGGUUCUGAAGAGAUUUUAGGAUUUGAAGACGAAUCUAUCGAUAGCAUAGAAGCCUUUUCGAGUGCGGUUAAGGCUGCUGCUUCGAUUUCAGUCCAGCCUCAAGGCGUUGUUUUAGGCUGUGAGGAUGUCUCUUCCGCUGUGAAUUUUGUGCAGGUCCAAGCGGGUGAGUCUCCUGGCUCUUUUGUUCCGAAUUCCGCUGUUGGUGCCUCUGUCGAUUGUUUUGACGAGGCGGUGAGGUCAGUUGGAAAAGAAUCGUUGGAUGCGGAGCUUGUUAACCUGGCCGUUGAUGUUAACAGGAAGGAGGAGAAGAGUAAGAUGUCGGUUGUAGGUGGGGAGGCAGAGGGUGUAGCUGUUGCAUCUAUUAUUGAGAAGGCGGUUAGAGUAAAGGGAGUUCGGAUGGCUGGAGGAAACAAGGGCUGUUUUCUGGAAGCUGGCCUUUCUGGAGUGGUUUCUAAGAAAAAAGCUUUAUGUCCUAAAAUUGUGAAGUUUAGAAAUCUGAUGGAAUUAGGGGCUGGUGGUUGUCUGAAAAGAAAGAAAAGUUUCAAAAAUAAGAUUAAGAGGAAAGUUUCAGGGGAUUUUACUAAGAAGAUUAGGGGAGGCGGUUCUUCGGUAUCGGUAGAAGAUUCUCAUUUGGUGUCGGGUUUUUACCAUAGUGGUUGUGAGGGGAUUUGUUAUGAGAACCUUUCGGAGAAUGACUUGAUUGGGUUUAAUAAUUCAAAACAGUGGGAGAUUGUUAAUAAAUACGUGGAGGUCAAAAUGCGGUCGACUUUUGAAGGUUUGGGAAUGUCUAAUUUGAAAGAUCGGCUCAAUAUCAACAAGAAUAAGGGGGAAUUGGAAGUGGAUGAGCACUCGGUUGUGGUACCAAGGAAGGAGAUUUCUACACCGUCUUUAUGA